AUGUCCCAAUAUAAAGUUUUGAGCCAAAACCUUGAGAAACCAGACAUCGACGACCGCCAAUACCGUCUGAUCGAGCUGCCGAACGGUCUGGUGUCGCUGGUCAUCUCUGAUCCUACCACAGACAAGUCGGCUGCUGCGCUGGACGUGAACGUGGGUGCGUUCCAGGACCCCAAGGGGCUGCCUGGACUGGCUCAUUUUUGCGAGCACUUGUUGUUCAUGGGCACUUCCAAAUACCCUUCCGAAAAUGAGUAUAGCUCCUAUUUAUCCAAAAACUCUGGCUUCAGCAAUGCGUUCACGUCGUCCGAGCACACCAACUAUUAUUUCGAGGUGGCCAAUGAGGCGAUGCAGGGGGCUCUCGACAGGUUCUCGCAAUUCUUUAUCUCGCCGCUCUUCGACCCAAAUUGCAAGGAUCGAGAGAUCAACGCUGUGGACUCUGAAAAUAAGAAAAACCUGCAGGCAGACGUUUGGAGAUUACACCAGCUCAACAAGUCGCUCACGAACAAGGCGCAUCCGUAUAGCGGCUUCUCAACAGGUAACAAAGUGACUCUGGGCGAGGAGCCCGUGAAACAGGGUUUGGACGUCAGAGCAGAGCUACUGAAGUUCCACGAAAAAUACUAUUCCUCCAAUAUCAUGAAACUAACCAUUAUCUCGAACGAGUCUCUCGACAUCAUGACCCAGUGGACCGUCGACAUGUUCUCAGACAUUGUUAAUAAGAACGUAUCUCCACCAAUCUACAAAGACUCUCCAUUUGACUCAGAUACAUACAACGGCAACCUGAUCCGUGCAAAGCCAAUCAUGGAGCUGCGGUCUUUACAGCUUUCGUUCCCCAUCCCCGACACGAGACCCAACUGGGACUCGAAACCAGCAAAGUACCUUUCUCAUCUCAUUGGCCACGAGUCUGAGGGAUCUUUGUUGUUUCAUUUCAAGCGCCAGGGAUGGGCCAAUAACCUCAGCUGCGGCCACGAAACGGUUUCUGCUGGGUAUUCCGCAUUCCUUAUCAAUAUCGAUCUCACUCCUGAAGGAUUGAAAAACUAUACCGAAGUGUUGCAGCAUGUGUUCAAAUACAUCCGCUUGCUGAACGUGGAGGGGCCCCAGAAGUGGAUAUUCCAGGAAUUGCACGAACAGAGCACAACCAGUUUCAAGUUCUUGCAGAAAACAGGAGCCAGCCAGUCAGCAAGCAGACUAGCCGGCUCUCUUCAUGGACUGGAGUACUACGACACCCGAGGUCAGAACCCGUUGCAGAAAAUUAAAGCGAACCCGCCUCGAUCAACGAUCCCGGCUGAAAAGCUUCUGAGCACCAUGAUCGUCAGAAAAUACGAUCCCGAGGCAAUAAGCAACGUGCUCUCUUAUUUAAGACCGGAUAACUUCCGUGCAAUGCUAAUUGAUAGGGAGUGUUUAGAAGGCGAGCAUGUGCUGACAGAAAAAUGGUAUGGCACAGAGUACCUACCAUCCAAGAUCGAGCCCCAGUUACUCCAAAGUCUGGCUGAUAUCUACAGCGGCCCUGCUCCCUCAGAAUACAGUUUACCGGAACGCAACAUCUUUCUCCCAACAGACUUCUCACUCGUCGAGCCUCCGGCUGACGAGUCCAAGGAGAUUGUCUAUCCUAAACUAAUCUGUGACACUUCUGACUCACGAGUCUGGUACAAGGUCAACACGAAGCUUGGAGGACCAAGGUCCAGCGUCACUCUCAAAUUCAACCUUCCUGGAUCCACCUCUACUCCAUUGAAUUACGUCUUGCUCUCUCUUUUUGUUGAGAUGCUGGACGACGAGCUGAACAGCGUGUCGUACCUUGCAAGUAUAGCAGGUCUCCACCACGAAAUCGGUCUUGCCAGGUCCGGAUUGAGCUUGUCCAUAAGCGGAUACUCGCACAAGCUCGACAGUCUUCUGGACAGGGUCACCAACACGUUGUUGAAGUUCACAAACGACGAAUCCGUGUGGGACGAGACAAGGGAGGAACGCUUCAACAUUGUCAAGGAGAAAAUGUUGCGGAACCUGAAGAACUUCGGUUAUUCUGUGCCUUUCCGCCAGAUUGGUCCAAUGAUCUCUGCUUUGAUCAAUGAGGACUCAUGGAUGAUAGACGAUCAGAUAGACUGUUUUGAUGCCGCGACAUUCCACUCUUUGAAGAGCUUUGUGUCCAAUUUGUUUGGUAUCUGUUUUGUUGAAAUGUUUGUGAUUGGCAAUUACAGCAGGCAGGAAGCUUUGCACAUCAACCAGCUGGUGGCUUCGAAACUUACCAAGGCUCUCUCAUACACAGCAUCUCAGUUUACCAGAGGCCGCUCGUUGGAUCUUCCUGCUGGCGAGGAAUACCAUUUUGUCAAAAAGAAUGUUGAUGAGGAGAAUGUCAACUCGUGCGUGGAAACCUUUAUCCAGCUGGGCUACAUCCCUGACCAACGCAACAGGCUGCUUGCCGAGCUGGUUUCGCAGAUAAUUCACGAGCCUUUCUUUGACCGUCUCAGGACCAAGGAGCAGCUUGGUUACGUUGUUUUUUCAGGAAUAAGACAAACCAGAACAACGUUUGGUCUACGUCUCUUGGUUCAAAGCGAGAAGAGUACUGGCUACUUACUUGACAGAAUUUCGAGAUUUUUGGUGAAAAUGGGACACAAUUUGUCUUCCAUGAGCGAUAAGGAGUUCGAAAAGCACGUGAACGCGGUGAUCACAAAGAAGCUGCAGAAGGUGAAGAAUCUUUCUGAGGAGAAGAACAGGUUUUGGGACUCGAUCGCAUCUGGCUUCUACGACUUUGACAAACGAGAGUUGGACGUGGAGACGUUGAAAACAAUCAAACGCCAGGAGCUUGUUGAUUACUACCGCAACAAAAUUCUCGACUCCUCUCAGCACGGGAAGCUAGUUGUGCAUUUACAGAGCCAGGUUGCUCCAAAGCAGUCGUUAGUCAACCGACUUACUAGCAUUAUUUCUAAUCUGGUAUUUGAUAUGCCUGAAUACGACUCUGUUGAGCUGAGCUCCAACCAGCUCGCUGAGCUGAUAGAGCGAAAAAUCAGCGAGGACAGUGAGAUCACUAGAGACGCUCUGGAGUCCAUCUUUGACGACUUCACGCUGAUUCCUAACUUCGACCAUAAAGAGCAAUUUAUCACUGCUAUAUUGGACGAGCUUAAAAAAGAAUACAAGCUCACUAACACCAUCGAAAAUGUCGGUGAAUGGAAAUCGCAGGUGCCGCUCACGGGUGCUCCGAAUGCUCACAUCCCGGAGAAGUUCAUGGAUGAGGCCUUGCUGGAGCCCAAGCUAUAA